AUGAAGUUUUCUCCUCUUGUUGCCAGCGUUUACGCUGCUCUUCAACUUUCACUUUCUUCCGCUCUCACAAUAAGCGAGAUCAAUGGACAUAAAUAUCUUUCUCCAUAUGCCGGACAGAAUGUGACUGCUGUCAAAGGACUUGUCACUGCAAAAGGACCAAGUGGUUUCUGGAUCAAAUCAACAACACUAGACUUAGACCCCCGAUCCUCAAACUCAAUCUACGUAUUCAGCAGUUCAGCAGGCCGAAACCUCACCGUAGGAGACAUAAUCACCCUCGAUGCAACCGUCCUCGAAUAUCGCUCUUCCUCAGCAUAUAUCUACCUAACCGAGCUCACCACUCCCUCCAACGUUGUCCGUAUCUCAAGCGGCAACAAAGUAACCCCAAUAGUAAUCGGAGAAUGGCUACUCAAAUGGCCACCGACCGAGCAAUUCUCCUCCCUAGACAACUGGGACGUCUUUGGUCUUCCAAACAACGCUAGUCAACUAUCGGUCAAGAACCCAAGUUUGAAUCCAUUAAUCUACGGCUUAGAUUUCUGGGAGAGUUUAAGUGGUGAACUGGUUACCGUCAAAAGACCAAAGGCCGUAGCGAAACCAAGUAGUUUUGGUGAUACCUGGGUGACUGGCUCUUGGAGAGUAUCUGGACGGAAUAAGCGAGGUGGUUUGACUUCCACAGAUCGAGAUUCCAACCCCGAAGCAAUCCUCAUAGGCUCCCCCCUCGACGGAACCCCCAACCCAAAAACCACCCGUCUCGGCGACGACCUUGCUGAAAUCACUGGUAUCGUCACCCAGGCAUUCGGAUACUACCGCAUUCUCCCCCUCACAGCCCUCAGCGUCACCGGCUCCCAAUCCCCAGACGUAGCACCGGUCACAACUUUCACCUCCGGCGGUUCCUGCAGUAAACUUACCAUCGGCUCCUACAACGUCGAAAACCUAACUCCGAAAUCCUCAUACCUGCCUUCGAUAGCAAGUCACAUAGUAAACUACCUGAAAACACCUGAUCUAGUAUUCCUCCAAGAGAUUCAAGAUGAUAACGGCGCUACCAACAACGGCGUCGUAUCAUCCAACCUCACCCUCUCAACCCUCAUCGCCUCCAUCUACAACCAAUCCGGCACCACCUACGCCUACACCUACAUAUCCCCCAUCAAUCUCGCCGACGGCGGCGAACCCGGUGGUAACAUCCGCGUCGCGUACCUGUACAAACCCACUCUCCUUCGUCUCUCGCCCGGAGCUCAAAUUGGCGGCUCACUCGACGCCAACGUCGUCCUCCCCGGGCCAUCCCUUCAAUACAACCCUGGACGCAUCGAGCCCUCAAACGCAGCAUGGACGGCGUCCCGAAAACCGUUGGCGGCCCAGUGGGAGACGCUGGAUGGGAAGAAUAAGUUCUUCACUGUGAAUGUGCAUUUUGGAUCCAAGGGCGGGAGUAGCUCGAUUGAAGGCGAUUAUAGACCGCCCGUAAACGGUGGGAUUGAGGAUCGUGAAGCUCAGGCUAACGUUACAGCCACAUUCAUCUCCCGCAUCCUCGCCCUCGACCCCUCAGCCCGUAUAAUCGCGUCCGGAGAUUUCAACGAAUUCGCAUUCGUCUCGCCCAUAGAAACAUUCCAAUCCAUCUCCAAACUACAAGAUCUAGACGUCGUAGCGGGGAUCCCGGAGGUGGAGCGGUAUAGUUAUCUCUUCGACAUGAAUUGUCAGGAGCUGGAUCACAUGUUUGUGAGUCCUGCGAUUGCGAAAAAGAAGGGGAGGGGAGGCGUGGAGUUUGAGCAUGUGCAUGUGAAUACGUGGAGUAGCGUUGCCGGGCAGAUUAGCGAUCAUGAUCCUGCGGUUGCGAGGUUGGAUUUGUGUCAGUGA